UGAAGCCUUUAUAAACCCUAUAUUUUAUCAAAAAUUCAACAUUUAUGGGACAUUAGCUAAUUCCUAUAUUGUACGUGACCCAACUACCAAAGCAUGUGUGUACAUAGCAUUUCUAGAGAAGUGUGGAGGCUCAAACUCCUAAAAAAGAAGUAAAGAAUGAAUUUCACCUUCACACUACUAAUAAGGACAUCUUAUGAGCUUCUGCAUGCCCUGCUCUGGCUUUGAGGUUUCUGGAAUAUUUUAUGUAUGAAAUAAUUUAUGGUGACCAGCCGUAAACCUCUUUUUGAACUGCUUAGGGCGGCUUCUGAAUGGGUCAAUUUUUGUUUGUAGAAUAUUCGUAACUGGGUUUUAGCGGUUUUUGAGGGUUUUGAGGCCCUUUGGGUCAGGUUUAAUAUGGGAAAGGAGAUUGAGGUGGUAGAGAGGGAGAUAGGAGGUAAUACAAUGCUCAGGGUAAGAAAUCAAAUAAAUUGUGAAUUUCUUUACUCAGUUGUAAAAGAGUAGAUAUCAUACUUAUGAAAAUACAGAGAAAUUUUAUUUUCACAAAAAGAGUUGGCUUAAACCUCGGAGAAAGGAUCUUAGAGGAAUAAAGCAUCAGGAGAUGCUUGUAGAGGAAGAUUUAGCAGAUAAUCCAAUAAAAUUAUGAAAGGCUUUAAUUCCUAAGGAGAAGAGAUAUUUUUAAUAGUAUUCAUUAAGCCCUAAUAAUCCCAUUUGAAGUCUGAAAAUUUACUCCUGAUGAAUAGAUGCUAAUGAUCAGACUUUUAUUGAAGAUGCAUUGGGGCAGGGUCUGAAAACAUGAGGAAUAUAGGUCAUAGCUCGCAUCUAUAGACUCUCUCUUCAGCUUAGUUCUUGAAAUCAUUUCCUUAAUUUGAUUUGUGCAAGAUUAUAUAAUUGGCUUUUCGGUGACUUGAGUCUUUGACCCAUGAAUUUUACAUAAUUUUCAAAUAAAUUGGGAUGCAAAGGUGGUAGACUAAGCUGUAAAUAUUAUAUAUUAGUUCAUGCUAAACUUUUGAAUUUUAUGUUAUUUAAAGUGACGAUCGUUCAUAAACUUAUUUUUUAUAAAGUUAAAUUAUAAAAUUUAUAAUACUGAAGGAAAUUGGAAGGUUGAAUUUGAAUAGUUUGAUAAGACAAAGAGUUGAAAUUUUUAUCCUCAAUUGUUAAUACUAUCACCUGGACAAUCGGCCUCAGUCUUGCUCUCAAACUUAUUGAUUAAUAGAGUUAUUAUUAUUAAAACAUUGAUCAAUAACUUAAAAGUCUAACAUUAUCAUUUAGUAUACAAAAUGCAAGUUUGUACUCCUUAACUAACGAUUUCUGAUACCCUUCCUUCUCACCUCUCAGAGCUUUGAAUCAGAAUUUUGGAUAAUAGAUAGCCUUUUCAACAUUGUACCUCUCUUAUGCUGUUAUAAUACCAAAAGAAUAAAUUCUUUUCAAGUAAAAAGUUAAAUGAAUAAUAUUUGCCUAAAAAUAUCGGUUUAUCCAACACCUUUUCACCACUUGUUCCUCUCCACCUCCCCUUAAACCUCCACUCCUAAAAAAUUCCCAAAUUCCUAAUUUUCUUCCACCCCUCCUUUAGUCUCCGACCUGACCCAAUUUGUCUCGUAGCUUAUCCUUACUAGUCUUCAUUGCAAUUACUAAAUUCUAAUAUAAAAAAGAGUCUCUUUCAGCUACCCCAAGCAAGUCACUCAGGUCAAACCUCUAGCAUAUUCUCAAACAUGCUGGCCAGCAAGGAUAUCAGUCAGAGAAAGCUUCAUAAGAGCUACAGGAGAAGAGAUAAAGAAAAUUAAUAAUUUCUAAUGGGAUUUUACUGAUUUUAGAAAACUUAUUUUUCGCUUCGUCUCACAUAAAUCAAUCAUCAAACUUUAAUCCAACAACUUUAAAGUCUAAGGACCAAGACACUGGGUAUAAGAAGAAGCUUGCUUGUGGAUAUAUUAAAGAUGGUUCAUCAUAAGAAUUUUAUGAAGGAUUUUAUAUGUCUUGUCCUUAAGAUAAAAACUUUCUACUCCCCUCUCUAAAAGAUUCUAUAAUGUCAAAUGAUCUCAAAUGUAAUUAUUAUACACCCAGAGUUAAGCAGCUCUUAAAGGAAAUUACAUGAUAGAGCCUUAUUUACUUGUUGAGAAAAGACUAUGAUCUACACUUGUUGGAUAUUCAUUAAGAUUUUAAAGUUUAGAAAAUAGCAUCCACUCAGAAAUUAGGAAAUGUAAGUCCCUAUAAAAAUUACUCGUUGUGGCCAAGUUUUAAAGAAUUUAUUGGGACUGGAACUUUUCUCAAAACCUGGAGACAUCUG